CUAAACAUAUUGUUGGCUGGUAUGAACCCAUUCUAUUUCCAUGCAGUGAAUGUAAUUUUACACUGUCUAGUGACUCUUGUCCUGAUGUAUACUUGUGACAAAGCUGUAUUCAAGGAUGGUCGACUGGCUUUUGUCACGGCUCUCUUCUUUGCUGUGCAUCCUAUUCACAGUGAGGCUGUAACAGGUAUUGUAGGCAGAGCGGAUGUCCUAGCCUGUCUACUGUUUCUGUUGGCUUUUCUCUCCUAUAAUAGGAGUGUGGAUCAUUUUUAUGUUGGGGAACAUUUCCCUCCCACUGCCUCUCCAUUCUUCUUGCUGCUUAGUUUAUUUCUUGGGACCUGUGCAAUGCUGGUGAAGGAAACUGGAGUCACUGUGUUUGGUGUGUGCUUGGUUUAUGACUUGCUUUUCCUGUCCUACAAUAGACUUACACUGAGAAAUGGAGGGGUGCAUCAGAGGUUCGCACGGCAGCCUGCGGCUUCUCCAUCUGCUUCGCUGCAGUUUCCUCCAUCCAGCAGGGAGAAUGGGAAGCACCGGUUUGCUCACAAAGGGACCUGGAACUCAUGCCACCCUGCAUCACCUGAAGAGCAACGGAGCAGCAGUCUUUCUGUCUCAAACAAAGCCAUGUGGGCUAUUCUUAGCUACCUGACUGCAAGUAACAACCAGAAUUUCUUGUAUACUGCAAGGCCAUUUUUGAAGAGGGCUGCUUUAGUAAUAAGUUAUGUGAUUCUUGUUUUAUAUUUCCGUUUCUGGAUAAUGGGAGGUUCCAUGCCAAUGUUUUCAGAACAGGACAAUCCAGCUUCAUUCUCACCUUACUUACUUACAAGAUUUCUAACUUAUUCGUACCUCCUGGCCUUCAAUUCCUGGCUUCUGCUAGCACCAAUUACUCUGUGCUAUGACUGGCAGGUUGGGAGUAUUCCUUUAAUUGAGUCGAUAUGGGAUGUGAGGAAUUUAGCUACAGUUCUCCUGGUGGUGGUUAUGAUAUUACUCAGCUUACAUUGCAUAACAGCAUUCAAGAAACUCGAACAUAGAGAAGUUUUAGUUGGCUUGUUGUUCCUGGUUUUCCCAUUUAUCCCAGCCAGCAACCUCUUCUUCAGGGUGGGGUUUGUGGUGGCAGAGCGAGUCCUUUACAUGCCAAGUAUGGGGUACCUUAUCCUUUUUGUCCAUGGUUUGAAAAAGCUCUGUGCCUGGUUAAAUAGAUGGGGAGCUACUGCCCUGACCCUCUCUGCUUUGCUGCUGCUGCUGCUGUUCUCUUGGAAAACUGUGAAACAGAAUGAAAUCUGGUUGUCAAGAGAAUCCCUCUUCAGCUCAGGUGUGCAGACUCUGCCCCAUAAUGCCAAGGUGCACUACAACUAUGCCAAUUUUCUGAAAGACCAGGGUCGUAACAGUGAAGCCAUCUAUCACUACAAAACUGCCCUCAAAUUGUAUCCUCGUCAUGCGAGUGCUCUGAACAACCUCGGCACGUUGACCAAAGACUUGGUGGAAGCAAAGGAAUACUAUAAAAGAGCUCUUCAGUUAAACCCACAGCAUAAUCGAGCUCUCUUCAAUCUUGGAAAUCUGCUCAAGUCCCAAGGGAAGAAAGAGGAAGCUGUGUUCUUAUUGAGAGAUUCCAUUAAAUACGGUCCAGAGUUUGCAGAUGCUUACUCAAGCCUUGCUUCCCUGUUGGCUGAACAGGAACAAUUUAAAGAAGCCCAGGAGGUUUAUCAGGCUGGGAUAGAGAAUUGUCCAGAGAGCUCUGAUCUGCAUAAUAACUAUGGUGUUUUCUUAGUUGAUACUGGGGCUCCUGAGAGAGCAGUGUCCCACUACCAGCAGGCCAUCUGGCUCAGCCCAAACCAUUACGUGGCCAUGGUGAACCUGGGCAGGCUCUACCGCUCUCUGGGGCAGAACAAAGAGGCUGAAGCUUGGUACAAACGAGCGUUGAAAGUAUCGCGGAAGGCGGAAAUUCUGUCCCCACUGGGAGCUCUCUACUACAACACGGGGCGGUAUGAAGAAGCUUUACAGGUUUACAGGGAAGCCGCAGCACUGCAGCCUUCAAACAAGGAGAUUCGACUGGCCCUGGCACAGGUUUUAGCAAUGAUGGGACAAACAAAGGAAGCUGAAAAAAUGACUAACCAUAUUGUGACAGAAGAGGCCGAGUGCCUAGAAUGCUACCGCCUUUUAUCAGCAAUCUACAGCAAGCAGGAGCGUUACAGCAAGGCCCUUGAAGUUAUAGAUAAAGCUCUGCAGCUAAAACCAAAGGAUCCAAAAGUCAUAUCGGAGCUCUUUUUUACUAAAGGAAAUCAGCUAAGAGAACAAAACCUUCUUGACAAGGCUUUUGAGAGCUAUAAAGUGGCUGUGGAGCUGAAUCCAGAUCAAGCUCAGGCAUGGAUGAACAUGGGAGGGAUUGAGCAUAUCAAGGGAGACUACAUCAAUGCACGUAGCUAUUACAAGAAAGCUUUACAGCUGGUUCCAAACAGCAAGCUGCUGAAGGAGAAUCUGGCUAAACUGGAUCGCUUAGAGAAACGAUUGCAGGAAGUCCAGGAGAAAGAUCAGACGUAG